AUGGGCCUCUUACCAACCUCAGUAUCACAUUCAAAUCCAGCUAUACCUCUUCCUCGAUCUAAUUCGCCGGCUGCGGGUGGUUCCUACGCUCAUCACGGACAUGCUACGUCAUCAGCUGCGCUUAGCUCAGGUCGAUCGAAAGGAGGUUUUGAAAAGAUGAGGAAGAUGCUUGGAAAGCUAGUGAGGCCUAGUCGAUGGCCAACCAUGGAUUUCGAAUUGGCAGCGUGGCAGAUGACUUAUCUUUGUGUGGCUCCUCGGAGAGUGUAUCGGAAUGUAUAUUAUCACAAACAAACCAAAAACACUUGGGCACGAGAUGACCCAGCAAUCUUGAUCAUGAUGAUCGGCUUUCUCUCUUCGGCGGCUGUACUUUGGACAAGUCUAUAUCUCCACUCUUUCAGUCCUAUCGCAUGGGCUGGUCUGGCACUCAAGAUGGUUUUCAGGGACUUCAUCGCCAGUGGAUUGAUCAUUAGCACCCUUUUGUGGUCAGUAAUUCUGGCCAGACUUACAUUUGAGUUGCAGUAUUCAUUUGAUGUCCACACCAAUUCCUUCUUCCCCCUUUUCCUCAAUUUAUAUCUCGCUCAACUUAUUUUGGCACCCGUAGUGACGAGGAAUAAUUGGGUGUGUCUAUGGGUGGGAAAUUCAUUGUACUUGGUGGCGGCUACGCAAUACGUCUACAUCACCUACCUCGGCUAUAAUGCACUUCCUUUUCUGAUUAGGUCUGAAUUGCUACUGUUCCCUAUUGUCUUAUUCUUAACACUCUAUGUCGUUAGCUUACUGGGCUUUAACCUCAGUAAACAUCUUCUCGAAGCAUAUUUUUCAGGUCUCAACUCAUCAUGA